AACAUCUUUGUAGUUUCUGUAAUUCCUUUCAGGGUCAAGCUGGGGGAUUUCGGUGUAUCGAAGCGGAUCCAAUCUCAGGACACAACAACCUUUCACACCCGAGUGUCGACUCCGGUGUACGGUGCCCCCGAAGUUCUGGGAUUGGAUUCCAAUAGCGAAACAUCGGACUAUACAACUUCCGUCGACAUUUGGUCACUCGGGUGUGUCGUGUAUGAGUUACUUGUGGGGAAAAGGUUAUUCGACUCUGUGGGCCAAGUAUACCUUUAUCUUUUCAGGGAAUGCCCUCUUCCUGAUAAACUCAAAGGGUUAUCACCCCCAACAGACGAUGUCGGAAUUUCGUUCCUACAGUCCACGCUCGCGAUACAACCCAAGGAUCGUCCUACCGCGGUAGAUGCACUA